AUGACACUCGCUGGACUAGGCUCCAUCAUCCUGAGCAGCGCUGCAGAUCCAUAUCGCAAAGCCAUAAAUAACGAUGAUACUGAAAACUUGGCAAACAGUAUUCAGAACUUAGUAGUAUCAUCAAGUUCACCAGACCUCGAUACUUUUGAUCUGAAGAAGCUUUACUGGAACUGUUUUAUUCCUUCUGAAUACUAUGACACCUACUACACCAACCUCGACGAGGAAGUAGCUUUUUUUCUGGAUUCGUACUCGACCACAGCUUGCGCAGUCUUACGGGCAAGCUUCCUCCCGAGGGGAGGGUCCGUGACGGUCGCGGACAUCGGGUGCGGCCCGGUGCCGAUCUACGCCGCGGCAGCGACCGCGCAUUUGGGUGCGCCUGCCCAGAUCUGUCUGGCGGAUAUGCUACCCCAGAACAGGGUAGCCCUGCGGUGUUGGAGAACUGGGGAGUCCACAGCUUUGGACUGGUCAACAUUUUUCGAGCGCAUUGCAACGGCUUACCCCUCUGGGAGGUUCGAUGUGGUCAUGUCAACUCUGUGCUUGGAGUUCGCAACCUCCUCGGCUGAGGAGUACCGGGGCAGCGUGGCACGUCUGGCAAGCUUUGUCGCCGAUGGAGGUUUUCUUUUCAUGGCAGGAGCACUGGAUAACACGCACUAUGUCCUGGGCACGAGCGACUACCCUUCCGUGGCGCUCUCUGAAGACACAGUGCGGGGAGCCAUUGAUGACUGCCGCCUGCAGUGCCUCGAGUUCAAGACGCUGCCCCGGACCACAGACCCUAAAACUAAGCCUGCAGAUCAUUCUGGCGUAUUUUUCGUCGUCGCUAGGAAAGUAACGCAUCAAUGA